AAGUAUAAAAAGUUUCCUUUUUCCUCAUCAUAUAUUUCCCUCUCAUGAAAGUCAGCGUUGGAGUCAUGGUGUCAAUAAGGACUUUUGGUCCAGUUUUUUUGUUCUUCUACUUGGCUGAAUCCCUGACACUGCCCAGAGCACCCCAGACUAAAGAAUAUUUAAACGCCACCCAGAAAUUUUUGGAGAACAACAUUAGAGAUGUGACCACCGUUGCAUUUGCUCAGUUCGUCCAGGAAGCCACAUAUGAAGAAAUCACAGGGCUGGUCAAACAGAUGAUCCUUUAUAGAGACAAAUGUGUGGCUGACAUGCAGCAGCCUGAGUGCUCAGAGUUAGCGAUCUAUGUAAUGCAGGAUAAAAUAUGUAGAGUAAAGGAACUUUCUGACAAGUAUGGGCUCUCAGAAUGCUGCACAAAAAAUUCUACGAACAGACUACCGUGUUUCUUUCAACGCAAAAGUGCUGAUGUCAGUUUUCUGACUCCUUUCCAAGGUCCAGAUCCAGAGAAAGCGUGCCAGGAGUAUGCAGAAGAUCAGGAAGCUUUUCUAAACCACUUCAUCUAUGAAAUAGCCAGACAGAACCCAUUUGGUUUUGCCCCCACACUUUUGUCAGGUGCUGCUAUUUACAAAGAAGCCAUCACUAGAUGCUGUCAAGAAGAAAACAAACAUGAAUGCUUCCACUUAAAGGUAACACCCAUCACAAAUGGCUUGAAAGAAAGGUCUGCUUCUCAGAAAAACACCUGUGGGGUACUGAUGAAAUAUGGACCAAAAGUCUUGAAACAUCUGAAAGUUGUGGAAUUCAGCCAAAAAUUUCCCAAGAUUGACUUUAAAGAUCUGGGAAUACUUCUGGAAAAUAUGGAUCAUCUGUUUGAUGAGUGUUGUGAAGGAGAUGUAGUUCAAUGUUUUCGUAAUGAGGCCAAGAUUCUAAACUAUAUCUGUUCGAAACCAGACUCCAUCUCCAGCAAAAUUAUCGACUGUUGUCAACUCACAAUACCUCAGGGGGGUGAAUGCAUCAUUAACUCAGGAAAUGAUGAUAAACCAGAGGACUUAUCUCCAAGAGCAGAGAGAUUUACAGAAGGGGAUGAUGUUUGUCAAAGUCUGCAUGAAGAUAAAGAAAACUUCCAGGCCAAGUUUCUGUAUGAAUAUUCAAGACGACAUCCAGAGUUGCCUUUUUCAGUGCUUUUAAGAAUAGGAGUGAUGUAUGAAAAUCUACUGGAAAUGUGCUGCAAAACAGAAAACCCCAAAGAAUGCUAUGGCCAGGCGGAAGAAGAAUUCCAAAAGAUAAUAGCAAAAAGCUGGACUCUUGUAAAAACAGAGUGUGGCUAUUUCCAGAACCUAGGAGAAGAAGGUUUCCUCAAUCAGUGUCUCCUUCCCCUCACCAAAAAAGCACCUCAACUCCCACCUCAAGAGCUCAUUUCUCAUAGCAAGAAACUUGCAUCCUUUUUUGCUAAAUGCUGUCCCCUGGGUGAAGAGGAUCAAUUUGCUUGUGUUGAUAAUGCGGUGAGCCUAACCAUUGGAGAACUUUGUGGAAUAAACAGAAAUCGAACCAUCAACCCAGGUGUGGACAAUUGCUGUAAAUCAUCAUAUGCAUUCAGUUCAAUGUGUUUUAAAGAUUUGACAACAGAUGAAACAUACACUUCUCCGACAUUUCUUCCUGAGUUGUUCACCUUUAAUUUAACAUUAUGCCAGGGAAAGGAGGAGCAACAGAAGAAGAGACGAGAGUUGAUGGUUCACCUUUUGCAACAGAAGCCUCAUUUGGGGGUGGAUCAAGUGAUGCCGUUGCUUUCUGAUUUUUCCAAGAUGACCGAUUGUUGUGAAGUAGAGGAGAAGGAGACCUGCUUCAAGGAAGAGCAUUCAAAGUUAUACAAUAAAAUUGAGACUGUCUUGAAGACAUAGAAGACCAAAGUUGGAAGAAGGGAAUAAAGAUUACUUGCCAUUGCUCUUUUUUAUGGCAAACAAGUUUUCUGAGACAGAAGAAUUCAACUAUAACAUUAACCUAUCCUGCAAGCAAAACAAAUACAGAAUUUUCUGCUGAUUGGUGGUUUGACAAAUGAUUCAUAGUGAUCUUAAUUGCCUAAUUAUAUGAUUAAAAAUAUGACUAUAUUUGAUUAGCCUGUUCUCAUUAUGUUUACCAAAAUAAUAGUGUCAAUAACAACAGUUUUUUGA